ACAGUAUAGAAAUAGCGAGCACGUCGCGUGCAUGACACUAGAAACCAACGGUGUGACAAGCGACGAGAAGUUUUGAGCAAAGUUUUCGGGUAACAAGAUUCAUUCAGAAGUUCGAACUAUCAAAAAUGUCUUUCAAUUCUGUACAGUGCUUAGUAACUUUAUUUGUGAUUCUCUGUGUAUUAUACGGAACAGACACUUGUUUUAUCCGAAAUUGUCCGAAGGGCGGUAAACGAAGCAUGGGAUCACAGGCUACGAAACAGUGUAUGAGCUGUGGGCCUGGUAAUACUGGUCAGUGUGUUGGUCCAAAAAUAUGUUGUGGUGAAAGAUUUGGUUGUUAUAUGGGUACCGAAGAAACUAGAGUAUGUGGACAGGAAAAUGAUAGUACGACGCCGUGCACAGUACGGGGUGAACCGUGUGGAUCACGUCAACUAGGAACUUGUGUAGCCAAUGGUUUAUGUUGUGAUUCAGACGCGUGCUCCAGCAAUUCUAGAUGUACGGCCAUGGAAGAAAGUAGAGAAUCGCAAUCCUCUAAAGAAGAAUUGUUAAACCUCUUACAGAGGCUUCUUAAAUCUAAAAACUAUGACUGAACCGACCCGAUCAUGUGAUUAAUGGUGGAUAUCACGUGACUUGUAACUACUGCCAAUUUAAAACACGUCUCUCCUCAAAUUCUCGUCUGUCCUGGAACUGAUCUUGGAGUAUAAAUGGUUUAUACUGUUAGAACUAAUAACUCUCUUUGCCUAUAAAUGGUUAAUACUCUUAGAACUAAUGACUCUCUUUGCCUAUAAGACUGCGCUGAUUAUUGCCAAUGGAGGACAGGUUCUAGUGGGUUAAAUAGUCCACAAGAAAUCUAUUCUAUUAUAUCCAUUUAUGAUUGUCUAUUUAAAUAUUUGAAUUGUGAUAUCUGCUGUAAUAUCAUAAAGUAAUUAAAACCCCUUAUUAUUAUUAUUAUUAAUUAUAUAUUUCUAAUUAAUAAAUCUGUAUUCGAAGAUUAAAAUUAUAUUUUUCUAUAAUUAUGUCUAGGGUCAAUGACAAAAGCUCUGUUUCUCGAAAUCUUAACUAAAGAUAAAAUCCAAAUUUUAGUAGAUACUUCAAUUUGGAUUGGCUAAGCACUAAAAUCAAUCUAAUAUUAUCCAAUCAAAUUACUAAAAUUUGGAUUUUAUCUUAGUUAAAAUUUCGUGAAACAGGCCCCAGAAAUUGGCUGAAGAAUUUUUUUUUUUUUGUUAUUUAUUAUGUUGUAUUAAUAUACAUAAUUGACACACACUGGUAUUACAGCAGAUAUAUAAAAAAAAACGUCUGAUAUAUAAAUUCGAGAACGUCGUUGAGGGAAAUGAGACUCUCUAUUCAGUGUGGAUUGUUACAGAUUUGGUGCGGAUUCAAGGUCGUUCACUAAAUAUGUAUGUUAAUAUUCUUAAAACUGAGAAAAAUCUGUUUUUAAAAGGACGUUAUACAUUAUAAGUGGGGCAGUAAGGUGCGGAUUCAAGGAUCCGUAGUAAAUCCUCGCUCCCUCACCGUGUCUGGGUCCGUAUCAAAUCCCUACUCCCCUCGCCUGUCUGGGUCCGUACUAAAUGACCACUCCCCACACCGUGUCUGGGUCCGUACUAAAUGCCCACGCCACACCGUGUCUGGCUCUGUACUAAAUCCCCACCCCCACACCGUACCUGGAUCCCUACUAAAUCCCCACCCCCAAACCGUACCUGGAUCCCUACUAAAUCCCCACCCCCACACCGUACCUGGAUCCCUACUAAAUCCCCACCCCCACACCGUAGCUGAAUCCCUACUUAAUCCCCAUCCGCCGACGCCUUACCUGGACCCCUACUAAAUCCCCAUCCCCCGACACCGUACCUGGAUCUGCACUAAAUCCCCAUCGCCAGACACCGUACCUAGAUCCGCACCAAAUCCCCACCCCCACACGGCGUCAAACUUAAAAUGUGGAACGUUGAAAGAAGUUGACUCAGUGCUUGUUUUUUCAAGUUGUGUACUAGCUGUUCAUUGCUGACAUCAACGCAAGCUGAAUAAACCAUUGUUGAAUAUUGAAAACAUAAUUAGUUAUUUAUUCAGUUGUCUUACUUAUAAACAGAGAAAUGCCAUCAAUUGUUCCAGACAAACAAAAUGGUCCCCAAGUAAAACAACCGACCAGUCAACAAUGUAUUGAUCAACUUCUUUGCAUUAAAGAUACUUUUAUUUCUCUAUAUUUCAAUAUGUCAUUGUCGUCAAUCUGUGUGCUAACUGAAGCACAAAUUAUGAACACAUUAGUUAUUCGGCGUCCCUCGAGAAUACCGGAGAAAUAUCCAUUGUUUUAUGAACACGGCGAAUCAACAGGCAUAGAUGAAUAGUUACAGUCUUAUAAUUUAUAUAAUAUUUUCUAUUCACGCUGUAACUCCGGGCAAGGCUGUUUAAAUCACGGUCGGGUGUCUUAUGCCUCGCAUCCAUGAUCCCGGAAUUCAUUUCUUUACAUUAAUAAAACAAAAACCUAAAUAAAAAUCUCCUUUCCAUUCAUAGGGAACUUGAUUGUAGGAGUUUAAUAGAAAACCCAUUUAUCUUGUGUUAUAAAAUCACGGUCGAGUGUUGGGUGUCUUAUGCCUCGCAUCCAUGAUCCCGGAAUUCAUUUCUUUACAUUGAUAAAACAAAAACUAAAUAAAAAAUUCUUUUUUUCCAUUCAUAGCGAACUUGAUGGUAGGAGUUUAAUAGAAAACUCAUUUACCUAGUGUUUUAAAACAUGUUUUGUUUAUGCGUAUUUACUUAUUGUACAUCAAACAGAAACCAAUUGGUAAGAACGAAUUCUUUUCUGUUAGUGUGUUUGCUUGAUUUAUUUUAUAAUAAAAAAUUUCAUAAUUUAUUUAUAAUAUAAUUUUGAUUUAUUUUAAGAUACAGUAUGUUCAUUUGUUAGUAUAAAAGCAUUUUAUUACCUAACCGAUCCUGCUUUAGGGAAUUUAAUUGUUAUAAUUGUAUCCUAUUAUUUUAAUGUUUCUAGUGGCAUUGUUUCGAUUUCGAUAUAUGUUUUCCUAUCAGUGUAACCGAUAUAAUUUAAAACUUCUGUCAUAAUAUCAAAAUGAAAUAAAUUAAAUUAAUAUAAUUAUUAUUGCCAGAAAAUAAUUCAGGUGUUUGUAUAGUAAAAUCAUGAUCAGUGCUCCAGAUAUGAAUGAAUGAAAUGGGGUUUUGCGUUCUACUUUUUUUUAUAGUGCUCCAGAUAAGGAAAGGGGACAAACGGACAUCAGCCUAAAUAUGUGCAAUGAGGAAAUAUCAGUACACAUUAGCAAAAUUGAUAUUGAUUUAAUAAAACUGAACAACGCAUGGAGUUUUUUUUUACGGGGGAGGAGGGUGUUACGCGUGCACGUUAGAUCAUAAAGUCUGUCAUUGAGUCAAAUGGCGUGCUUUCGAAUCCCUACUUGUAAGUGACCAGGAGUACGGUCGCACUUCCGGUUUUCUGGAACUGCUAAAGACCCUUACGAGCAAGAGAAUUAUUUAAAUAAAAUUAAACCAUGCUAGUACCGAAAUAACGUAGGUUGUUUUGAGUGGACGUUAAACCCCAUUUCUUUCUCUGUCUCAAGGCAGUUGUGCUUUCUGACAAGAAAUGUUAUCUGGGACACUGCUCAAGACCAAGAGGUUAAUCUUUCAAUACAAGUAUAAUCCUUUUUAACAUGUCCAAGUCAUUUUCUGAAGAAAUAUGAUACAGAAAUGUUCUGUACAUCGCUGAAAGACUAGGGCAAGAAAAAAAUCUAAAGACCCUUACGCGCAAGAGAGUUAUUGAAAUAAAAUUAAACCAUGCUAGUCCCGAAAUAACGUAGUUUGUGUUGAUUGGACGUUAAACCCCAUUUCUAUCUGUUUCACUGUCUCAAGGUGGUUGUGCUUUCACACAAGUUGUAAGAAAAAUAAUCCCUUUAGCAAGGGUUUAAUCUUUCAAUACAAGUAUCCACGCUUCUGAAUCAUUUUAAGAAUAUAAUCCAUUUAGCACGUCUAGGUCAUUUUCUGAAGAAAUAUGACACAGAAAUGUUUUGUACUUCACUGAACGAGACUAGGGCAACAGAAAAAUCUCGUUUAAUAAUAAUUAUUAAAGAUUUAAGUCACAUUGGGGGGUAAAUAUUGAUUAUUCUGCUGUUUAAUUUAAUUAUCGCCCAGUACUGACAACAUCUCUCUUUAUAUUAAUUAAACGUUGAUUUUAAAAGUUCUUGGUAAAAAAAACCUUGCCAAUGCGAUCAAAAAAAAUGGAAUGAAAUGGGGAUUAACGUCCUACUGUUCUGUUCCGACCGGGCUAAUACGAUUAAAAUAAAUAGAACAUUUGUCGUUUUAGAGUGAAUAACAUAUUUUAUUUCAUCGAGAAGCAAGAAAACUUAUAUUUUCACGAAUGCGUAGCAUGAGUGAAAAUAUAAAGUUUUCUUGCUUAGAGAUGAAAUAAAAUAUGUUAUUCACGACAAAACGACAAAUGUUCUAUUUAUUUUAUGAUUUUACAAUGAUUUUAGGUAAAAACAACAUGGACUACUGCUAGCCAGUGGAAUAACACUUUUAUUUCACUGAUAAAACGCGGUAUUCCACUACUGAUUAUAAAAUAAAGAUCAAUAUUUCGUUUCGUUUUAUUCAUACGAAAUUUUGAACUAUAAAAACGAAACGAAAUAUCAUCUGUAGUUGAAUCAGAUUAAUAUUUUGCUUAUUAAAGUUUAUAUUUUAUUUAUAUUAGAAUUUCUUAUGGAUUGGACAAUAAUUAAAAGUAAGAUUUUUCAUAAUAUGUGGCUUCUUUUCAAAGGAUUCAUUCUUUGAAAUAAUGGAUUUGACAAUUAAAAGUAAAAAUUUUCAUAAUAUUAUUCAUUCUUUGAAAUAUCUCUAACUUAUGUGCGACUUCCAUUUCCAUAAUUCUAUUAUUUUGUUUCAUAGAUUUAAUAUACUCAAACAUGCUUGCCAAUCUUAAAUACAUGUAUUCACUAAUCUUAAUCCCUUUAAGAUAAUCUGAUUAAUUCUAAUCUGAUUCAAACCUUACUCUGAAAUAAACCAUUUUGUUGUU